GCUGGCGGUGAUGCACGCGGGCGCCCCCUGUUGUGGUAUGAAUGCCGCCGUUCGCUCGUUUGUCCGCAAUGUCAUCUUCAGGGGCGACACUGUUCUCGGCAUUCACGAGGGUAUCGACGGCUUUAUUGAAGGAGACAUUCGACCCAUUGGUUGGACUGAAGUGAGUGGUUGGGUGGGUCAGGGCGGCGCCUUUCUCGGCACUCGACGCACAUUACCCGAGAAGAAUAUUCCCAAAAUUGUCGAAAAUAUUAAAGCGCAUCGCAUUCAGGCACUGCUCUUCAUCGGAGGCUUCGAGGCCUACCAUUCUAUCAUCCAAUUAGCCGAAGCGCGUAACGACUUCCCUGAACUUCGGAUCCCGAUGUGUGUAAUACCGGCCACUAUUAGUAACAAUAUUCCCGGCACUGACUUCUCUCUCGGCGCCGACACCGCACUCAAUGAGAUCACUGAAAUAUGCGACCGAAUCCGACAAUCAGCACAGGGCACUAAACGCCGAGUUUUUGUCGUCGAAACGAUGGGUGGAUAUUGCGGUUAUUUGGCGACAUUGGCCGGUCUGGCGGGCGGUGCGGACGCCGCUUACAUAUAUGAAGAGCCCUUUUCUAUUAAAGAUCUGAUGGGAGACGUGUAUCACAUGCACUCCAAGAUGGCUGAAGGCGUCCAGAGAGGACUUAUACUUAGAAACGAAAAGGCGAACGCAAACUACACGACAGACUUUAUCUAUAGGUUAUACUCAGAGGAGGGCAAAGAUAUCUUCUCGACCCGACACAACAUCUUGGGCCAUAUGCAACAGGGAGGCUCUCCCUCCCCAUUCGACCGCAACUUUGGCACCAAAAUGGCUGCCAAAGCGGUUGAUUGGCUGCACGCACAGCUCAAACUGCACACACAGCCCGACUGCUCGGUCGUGUGUUCGGCGCCCGACACGGCUGUUCUCUUAGGUUUAGUGCGCCGACAGUAUCGGUUCACUCCCUGCCAAACAUUGAAAUUGGAGACAGACUUUAAAUGUCGUAUUCCUCGAAAUGAAUGGUGGCUUCGGUUAAGACCUUUACUGCGAGCCCUCGCAACCCCUGCAAUAUUUCAACGAAAACCCGGUGUUAGGAGUGAUAAACAUCGAAUACCCAAAAGACAGUGGUAUUUGAAACUGCGAUCACUUUUGCGGAUUUUGGCCAAACAUGAGUCGGCGUACGAACCCGAGGCACAGGAAGAGUUCGCCGAAAUACUCAAAAUAGCAUUAAUUCUGACACCAAUUCAAGAAUUUCAUCCCAAAGUUGACUUCACUGCCGCACACAUAGGGCUGCCAUACAGUGAAGUGAUUGUCGAGUUUCUGAAGGCUGAGUACAGUAUAGCUCUCUAUUGGCAACGUUUGGACGCAAACAGUUUUUCACGUGUUUUGGUUGGAGUGACGGAAAUCACGUGCUUUUCAUCGCUUGACAAGACUUCGGGCUUUUGUACCGAAAAUAAUGUCCAAAGAAACUGGAAACGCAAGAAGAAAGACAAACUAAAGCAACGCCUCGACGGACAGACACCCGAAGACACCAAUGGACUCAUCCCUCACUCCGACCAUCACGUGAUGGAUACGACUGUCGGCACUAUUGACGAGUCGUUGACCACAGAGGAAGCGAGUGGUGGCCGGAAAUGGACGGCCAGUAUAGCCGUGCCGUUCAGUAUUGUAGAGAACGCUCAGUCGCCGGAACUGAAGGCAUACCUCAUCGGACAGAUCGCCAGAGCGCUCGUCGUCUUCAAUAUCGACGAGAUUGUCGUCUUUGACGAGUACUCCAGACAGACAUCGGAUGUCAACUCUACUUCUGAAGAGUCUCUACUCUAUGAUAGAAGAAAGUCAGCGAUGGUUCAAAUGAUCCGUAUAUUGCAAUACCUCGAGUGUCCGCAAUAUCUCCGCAAAUAUCUCUUUUCGUUGCAAAAGGAUUUACAGUUCGCCGGACUUCUCAAUCCAUUGGAUUCAACGCAUCACUUGAAGACAGCGGAUGAGUGUCAAUAUCGGGAAGGAGUGGUUACUAAUAGACCGGUUCGGGAGGGGAAGGGAUCCUUUGUUUACAUUGGACUCCAAAAAGACAUUCAAAUUGACAAAUGUUUGAAACCAAAUGUGAGACUAACUGUUAAAUUGGAUGACAACGAGAAUCAAAGGAAAAAAGUUCGCGGCGUCGCUGUCUCGCCAUCAGAGCCACGGGAAGUGUUGGGCCUCUACUGGGGGUAUACAAUACGGGCGGCAAAAUCGUUGAGCGCUGUAUUUAGUGAGUGUCCAUUCGAUGGCGGAUACGACCUGACAAUCGGCACAUCAGAAAAGGGCCAAAAUGUGGACCGAGUGUUGAGACAAAUACCCAAAAGAUUCAACCAUUUGUUGGUAGUGUUCGGUGGCCUUAAAGGUCUGGAAGCGGCCCACGAUUCCGAUGAAUCCCUGGCCAGUGUUGAGGAUACGGCCGAUUUGUUUAAUUACUAUUUGAAUACAUGUCCUAAUCAGGGAUCCAAUACUAUCCGCACAGAGGAGGCCGUACUCAUCACACUAUCGGCGCUUAGGAAACGGCUUUUAAGGAUAUAAAACAUAAUUAAUUUUGUGUUAUAUUUAAAUUAUUUUUAAACCAAUAUUUGUGGCCUCAUUUAAUGAAUGAUCAUUUCUAUACA